CGAGUUGAACUGCAAUUUGUGCCAGAUUGCUACCUGAAUUCGAGCUUUCUCUGUUUCUUUCAUGGCAAUUCCUCCUCAAGUUUUCCUACCAAGAAAGAGAAGACCUUCAGCGAGCUCUUUCAUCUCCCCUGAAUUCACCGACCGAAAGCUCCUUCAAUCUCUUCUCCUUCUCUCCCGAGAAAUUUCCCUUCUUAAACCUCUCCAGUCCCUUCUCAAACCCACCUUCUCUUCUAUAAUCCGCAAAUCUAAACUCCUAGCAAUCGUAUUCGAAGAGAUUUUUCGUCUUCCCAUUUCCUUUCUCCCUCAAUCUGCACUUCUCUGUUCCAAAGAAUUAUACGUAGUUUUACAGAGAAUCAAAACUUUGAUUGAAGACUGUUCUAAUGGAAGCAAGAUGUGGCUUUUGAUGCAGCACAAAUCGGUCUCUCACAGUUUUCAUCAGAUAACACUCGAAAUCUCGACUCUGUUAGACGUUUUCCCUUUCAAAGAAUUCGAUUUGAACGAUGACGUGGAGGAGCUCGUAGUUCUGCUUACAAAACAGUGUUGCGAGGCUACAACUUUCGCGGAUCCCUUCGCAGAGAAUCUCAAGCAAGAGGUUCUGAAGAUGCUCGAUGAUUUAGAGAAAGCAAUCGUUCCUGAGCAAUCGAAGCUGGAGAAUAUCUUCGAGAAAUUAGGGUUAAGUGAUUCUUCGAGUUGCAGAGACGAGAUCGAGUGUCUUGAAGACGAGGUUCAGAGUUUGGAUUCUUCAGAUGGGAAAUCGACGGUUCAGAUGCUCGCAUUGAUGGGCCUCCUUCGCUACGCGAAAUGCAUCCUCUACGGUGCUUCGUCACCAAAGAGAAUCACCACAUCACCGAGAUCCAACAGCACAAACGAUCUCUCUAUGUCUUCGUUCCCGUCCGAUUUCCUCUGCCCGAUCAGCCUCGAAUUGAUGAGUGAUCCAGUGGUUGUUGCAACAGGGCAGACCUAUGAUAGAUCCUCCAUCAGCCUCUGGAUCAAUUCUGGGCGUAACACGUGUCCGAAAACGGGUCAAAUACUCGCUCACAUGAAUCUGAUCCCGAAUCAUGCAUUGAAGAAUUUGAUCGUGUUGUGGUGCCGUGAAAAUAAACUCCCAUUUGAAACGGCGGAGACCAACGAUAAAUCUAACGGCGUUACAUUGAGCAAGGCUGCGGUGGAGGCCACGAAGAUGACGGCGUCGUUUCUCGUGAACGAACUCCGUGAUUCACCGUCAAUGGAGACGGCGAAUCGGAUCGUUCACGAGCUUAGGACUCUUGCGAAAACAGUUUCCGAAAGCCGUGCUUGCAUCGCCGAGUCUGGAGCGAUUCCUCUACUCGUUGAUCACUUGGGUUCAAAUAAUCCUGACCUGCAACUUAACGCCGUUACUACGAUUCUUAACCUAUCUAUUCUCGAAGCCAAUAAGACGAUGAUCAUGGAAACUGGCGGAGUUAUUGACGGCGUCGUUAGGGUGCUGAGAUCAGGUGCCACGUGGGAAGCGAAGGGAAGUGCGGCUGCCACGGUGUAUAGCCUUUCAGGUGUGCAUACCUACAGGAAGGAGAUAGGGAGGAAGAAACGUGUCGUGCAUGGAUUAGUAGAGCUGGCGAGUGUGGGACCCGCAAGUCCAAGAAGAGAUGCUUUGGCUUCUAUUUUGAAUUUGGCGGGAGAAAGAGGCUGCAUUGGGAGAUUAAUAGAAGGUGGGGUGCUGAAAAUGGCUGUGGAAUUAAUGGAGGAGUCGCCGGAAGAAGUGGUGACCAUUCUGGCCGUGAUGGCGAAGAGGGGCGGAGCAAUGGCUAUAGCUACGACGGAUGGGGCUAUCGGGAAGUUAGCGACAGUGUUGACGGAUGGUCCAGAGGGAGCGAAAGAGAGUGCCGCCGCGGCGCUUGAUACAGUUUGCCGGAGGGGAGGGAAUGAGGUGGUGGCUAAAUUGGCGUUAACCCCAAGGAUUCAAAAAGCAAUUUGGGACUUGAUGAGGAUUGGAACGAUUAGGGCACGGCGGAAGGCGGCGAGCCUAUGGCGGACUCUUCGGCAAUGGGCGGCCGAACCUGGUCACACUCAUCAGAACCGGGUUGUUCAAGUCUUCACCAAUAUGACUGAACUUAUCAUAGCUUGAUCAAGCAAGAAAU